AAUUUUUUUUUCAGACAAAACCAAACACGGCCCAGGGCUCAGGGCCUCAGGUUCACAUCUCCUCCCUUCUCUCGGACUCUCUCCCUUGCUCUUCCUUCCCUGGCGGCGGCGACUGGGCGAGCGGCGGCGCCAUUUGUCACGUCUUCGCCAAGCCCUUUGCCGGCGACGAGCAUCUUCCAGGAGAAGGCAUGGCUUCACGCAUGACACCUUCCAAGAGGCCGUUUCAGAAAUAUUCUUCAGAUCACAAUGGCCGGGGCAAGUGGCAGAAAACAAAGCAUUCUUCUUCACAUAAAUCUCAGUCCAAAAUAGAGCCUGGUGUCCCUAUCUUUCGCAUUCUCUGCCCUGCUUCAAAAUCUGGGAAUGUAAUCGGUAGAAAGGGCGGCAUUAUCGCAAAGAUACGGCAAGAAACUGGAUUGAGAAUCAGUGUUGAUAAAGCAGUCCUUGGUUGUGACGAGAGAGUUGUUUUCAUAUCUGCCAUUGACAAGGAUGAAGAAGCUAUUAGCAAGCAAGGUGGAGAGAAUGAUGGAGGUGUUGCUGUUUCUGCUUCUGGUGACCAUGAGAAGGAUAAAGUCAACAGUAAGGAGAACAAUGAUGAUCCAAAGAAAAAUCGCAAUAACCAGGAAAAAGAUGACUCAGAGAGAGACUAUAGUAAUGAGGAAAAGGACGAUUCAAAGAAAGACAACAGCAAGGAGCAGAAGGAUGGUCCAGAGAAAGAAAAUGGUAAGGAAAAUAAGGAUGAUUCAGAGAAAGGGCACAUUAAAGAAGAAAAUGAUGAUAGUUCAGAGAAAGAUCACAGUAAGGAAGAAAAUGAUGCUUCAGAGACAGAUCAAAGUAAGGGAGAAAAUGAUGCUUCAGAGACAGAUCACAAUAAGGAAGAAAAGGAUGCUUCGGAGAAAGAUCACAGUAAGGAAGAAAAGGAUGGUCCCUUUGUUCCAAAAGAUAUCAAGUCAGAACCGGAGAAGGUAGUGCCAUCAGCUUUGAAGGCCAUUUUGUUUGUCUUUGACAGGAUUUUUGCAGCUGAAGAGGACAAUGAAACUGGGGAUGCAUCAGAUGCGAGCGCUCCUGUUUCUUUGCGAUUAUUGGUGCUAUACAGCCAAGCAGGUUGGCUUUUGGGGAAGGGUGGUAGUGUCAUUAAGCAAAUGUCAAUUGAUAACAACUGUGAAAUCCGUGUUUCAAAGGACAAACUUCCAUCAUGUGCACUACCCAAUGACAGACUUUGCCAGAUCAAUGGAGAGGUUGACUCAGUAAGGAAAGGUUUGAAUGCAGUAGCUGAAUUGCUGUUAGCUCAUCCACCCAAGGAAACUGAUGUAGUUGCUGGUGUUCAUUCUUUUGGAUCAUCAUCGCGGUCUUUGUUUAGCCAGUCAGAUGGCUUUGCUUCAGGAAUGCAACCCAAUGGACCUUUUGGUAUCAUUGAUCGUCAACCAAAUAUGGCUCCUUUUCCUAUCAAACCUGAAGCUCCAAUACACGGCCAUGCCUCAGUUCCUAUAGAAUCCCUCUCCUUUAGGUUACUGUGUGCAAAAGACAAGGUUGGCAGUGUAAUAGGCAAGGGUGGAAACACGGUUAAAACUAUCCAAAAUGAUACAGGCUGUGAAAUAAAAGUUCUUGAGACACUGCCAAAAACAGAUGAUCGUAUCAUAAAUAUAUCUGGACCUGCGCAUCCAGGUGAUGGAAUUUCCCCUGCUCAGAAUGCCAUUUUGCAUGUGCAGCGAAAACUUAUGCUGCCUACCUCAGAUAAGGAGGGUCCUGCAAUAUGUAGGCUGAUUGUUUCACCAAACCAAGUUGGUUGCCUUCUGGGCAAAGGUGGUAGUGUCAUAGCUGAAAUGAGGAAGCUUUCUGGAGCAUUUAUAAUUGUGUUGAGCAAAGACAAGAUCCCGAGUGGUGUCCCAGAAGAUGAUGAAGUUAUUCAGAUAAGCGGGGGCUGUGAAGCCAUUCAAGAAGCUCUAAUGCAGAUAACUGCUAGGCUUCGUAACCAUCUUUUCCGAGACAGAAUGCCUGGAAUGGGUCCUAAUAUGCGGCCACCUUUUGGUUUGUUAGAUUCUCAGUUUGGUCCUUAUGUGGGGAACCAUGAAUCUCCAUCUCUGUUUCAUAAAGAUUUUAUGGGACGGCCAUUGGAUGGGAUCUCUGCCCCUUGGACAGUGAAGGGCAUGCGUGAUAUCGGUGAUCCAAUGUCAAUACCUGAUAUCCCCGGAGCAGGGCAUAGAGAACUUGGUGGAUUUUCUGGUCCUGGUCAGUCAUCCCUGAUGCCAAACGUGACUGCAGAGGUCUUAGUUCCAAGAUUAGUUAUUCCCGCUCUCUGUGGUGAAGAUGGAGGUUGUUUGGAUAGGAUUCGUGAGUUUUCGGAAGCUAAGAUAACAGUCGCUGAACCUAUAGCUGAUUCAAUGGACUCUGCUGUUUUAAUAUCUGGCACACCAGACCAGAUGCAUGCUGCCCGGAGUCUUGUUGAAGCAUUUGUUAUAAGUGAAUCAUUUGGCCCAUGAUAUCGCGAUCCUGGAAAGGCAUUGAAGCUAGUGACAAAAAUGUGGGUUCGUGUUUGUGAAUAUGCAUCCCUGUUUGCCUGAGUGGCAUAUGGUCCAAGAGGUUAAUUAGGCUGAAUAGAUAGAGACUAAAGUCCCAAUCUGUUGGUUCUUUCUAGGUUGUUGAAGAAUGUUCCAAACUCGCCCCUUAGAGAUAUGGGGCACAUUCCGGGUAGCACCCGAAAUGUAUUGCUUAUUGUAAGCAGUAUGCGUGAACCGGAAAUCAGCCUCUAGCCUUCUUUUAUGAGAUGAGAAAUACCAUUUUCUUUGGUAUCUGUAUCUCUAAGAAGCACCAAUGCGGCUAGUGCCUAUCGGUUGCGACCAAGGUUUGGGAAGUGUUUAUGGUAUUUGUAUGCAUAAUAAUGUGUAAUUCCUCGUGUCUUUGUCAAACUGUGCCUUUUGUGGUGCUACAAGUGCCAGCAUCUGCAAAAAGGAAAGGAAAGAAUAAUUUUAGUCAAAAUUGUUGCAGCCAGAAAUAACAAUUGUGGCCUGAAUGAAAUGCAAGGGUAGCAAUAGGGCCAGAUUUGGAUGUUGUCGGCUGAGAAGGUGGACCAUGGAGGGCAAGGCAAAUACUUGGUCACAGCAUCAGUGACAGACAGACAGAUAGAUCAUAUGGCCACAAGCUGCUUGCAAAACCAAUUUGUUUGCAUGUUUGUGGGAUCGCUAUCUGGUGGGUCGUUUUGUUUUGUCAAUAUCUGUGUGCUGCUGUUGUGCUCUGCUCCACGUUUAAGCCUUGCGUUCUCUGGAAUGCUGGAUUCUGAGUUUCUCUCCAAUGUUCUUCUUUCCAAGUCCUUGGAGAAAAUCUUCUCGUGUUGCAAAGAGUGCCUUAGGUUGCAGGGAUUAAUUAUAUGUAACUAUGCUAUGUUUGGUUGCAAAGAGUAUGUAUGUAUGUAUGUAUGUAUGUC